AUGUCUCACAAUGCCCAGACAAACAAAAUCAAGAAUGAUAAAAUACAGCACUGGCAUAUUGAACUGUCUUCCUACAGUUAUCAUGUUGUCUGCAGGACUGGAACUGAAAAUCUCACAGCUGAUGCGCUAUCUCAUGCUUUCUGCUAUGCUUCCACCUUGGGUAGUUCUGACAGACUUAAAGAAAUCUAUUCCCCUCUUUGUCAUCCAGGAAUCCUUAGAAUGUUUCACUUUGUAAAAUCUAAAAACUUACUCUUCUGCAUCAACGCAGUGAUGCAAAUGACUGCAAAUUGUAAUGUCUGCUGUGAACUCAAAUCUUUCUACAAACAUUUUGACUCUUAUUUGAUUAAAGCAACACAACCUUUUGAGAGACUCAGUGUUGACUUUAGCGGACCUUUGCCUUCUAAUUCCUACAAGUAUCUUCUUGCUGCCAUUGAUGAAUACUCGCACUUCCCUUUUGCCUUCCCUUCUCCCAACAAGUGUUUCAGCUGUCAAAAUAUGUUUUUAUAA